AUCGUAUUCAUACUGGUGAAAAGAAUUUCCAUUGUCUUCAUCCUGGUUGUCCUUCUCGUUUCUCUCGUCAAGAUAAUAUGAUGCAACACUAUAGAACCCAUCUUUCACCAAAAUCUCGUCGUCAUCAUCAAAGGAAUAAAGGAAACAAAUCACAUCCUUCUUUACAUUGUCAUACUUUGGUGGAAUCAGAAGAACAUAGUGCUAUGCAUCCCUUGGUGGAUUAUAACAACAAAAGUACAACAACUAGAUCACGUCGCGCUCUUACUUUACCAUCUUCUUUUAUCUCUUCAUCUUCUUCUACUACUACUAUUACUUCUCCUACUAUGGACUCUCUUUACAACAAGAUUAGAUAUAAUCAACAACAAACAUCUCCUAAAAUGAGAUAUCGUCAUUCUCCUCAUCUGAUUCAACCUUUAUCCAUAAAGCCUACUCCCAUGGAACCAUCUGAUGCUGCUAGUCCCACUAUGAUGAUCCCACCUACUUCUUUGACUACCGAUAAUCAUGAUCUUUAUACUCAACAACAACAACAUCAUCAUCAUCAUCAUUAUCAUCCAUAUCAGUCAAAUCAAAACUCACGUCGACCUCAACGAGCUCAUUCAGCAUCAUCUACUUGUUCAUCCAUCUCUUCCUCUUCUUUUUUAUCUCCACGCCCACCUUCCCUAUCUCCUCCUCCACUGAUGGAUCAAACAGACAUCAUUUAUCCAAAACAUUUUAUUCAACUUCCUCCUCCUCUUCCUCAUCAUCAAAACAACAACAAUCAACAAAUUCUUUCCCUUGGAUCUGAUCAUCAUCGACAAGACUUAUUGGACUUGGCCCAUACUGUUAGUAUAUUUGGUUAAUGGUAUAUCUCCUUGAUUUGAUAUAUGGUCUCCCCCUCCCCUUUAUUCUUAUUAUUAUUUCCUUCCUUUCUUCUUUUUUUUUUUAUUUGAUUCUCAACAAUCGUUUAUCAUCAUGAUAUCCUUUUCUUUUUUUUAUUUUACUAUGCACUUUUUUUUUAAAUAUACACAAACCCGUACACAACACAUAGAUACAUUAUUACUACUAUUGCAUCAGUUAUCAUGUAUUGAUUUUUUUUUAUAUCAUUCUCUUACAUCUAUAGAUCAUUUACAACCUCCCCUUUUUUUUGCAUUUUCCUUUUUGUAUCUCACUCUUUUUUUUUGACCAAUCAUACUCUUUAUUUGAUGAUCUUUUAUAGUGUAUUUGUACUUUUUAUAGACAUUCACCUUAUAUAUAUAUAUAUACUUGUAUGCUCUUGUC